AUGGAGGAGUACGCGCGGGAGCCCUGCCCCUGGCGGAUUGUGGACGACUGUGGCGGGGCCUUCACCAUGGGCACCAUCGGCGGCGGCAUCUUCCAGGCGGUCAAAGGCUUUCGCAAUUCUCCCGCGGGAGUGAGCCACAGGCUGCGGGGGAGCCUGACGGCCAUUAAAACCAGGGCCCCGCCGCUGGGAGGCAGCUUUGCGGUGUGGGGCGGCCUGUUCUCCAUGAUCGACUGCAGCCUGGUGCAGGUGCGAGGCAAGGAGGACCCCUGGAACUCCAUCAGCAGCGGGGCCCUGACGGGAGCCAUCCUGGCCGCCAGAAACGGGCCGGUGGCCAUGGUGGGCUCGGCUGCCAUGGGCGGCAUCCUGCUGGCCCUCAUCGAGGGAGCGGGCAUCCUGCUGACGCGCUUUGCCUCCGCGCAGUUCCCCAACGGGCCUCCGUUUGUCGACGACCCCUCCCAGCUGCCCGCCGCCCCGUUGCCGUCCUCGCCGUUCGCAGACUACCGGCAGUUCCAGUAG